AUGAGCCACGUCACUGCUGAACGUAAGACAAUCCCCAUCACCACCAGCAGCAACACCAACAUCACCAUCAGCACCAAAACCACCAAAAUCAGCAUCAGCACCAACAUCAGCAUCACCAUCACUACCAGCAUCACCAUCACUACCAGCAUCAGCACCAACGUCCCCAUCAGCACCACUAUCAGCACUGCUGGCAUCACCAUCACUACCACCACCGUUAUCAUCACCGUCACUGUCACUGACCACACACUGAACAAACGGAGACGGCUCACGUACGAGGUGCCCUCUGGCCGCAUCCUGUCGGCGGUGUCUGUGCCUGAGCAGUUUGUCCACCUGGGAUUCAUCUCAUCGCCUGCCCGGCCGACCCCCGCCCCGCGGCGCCCGCGGCCGGGCAUGGAGCCGCACGUGCUGGCCGCCGGCCUGUACUGGUCACUGCUGCCCUCGGCGCUCCUGGCCGCCUGCCUGGCCCGCUUCAACGCGCUGUCGCUGGUGUACCUGCUCUUCCUGCUGGUGCUGCCUUGGGUCCCCGGCCCCUCGAGGCGUGGCCUGCGAGGUCACACCGGCCGCUUCCUCCGGGCCCUGCUGGCCUUCAGCUGCCUCUUCCUGGCAGCCCACGUGGCCUUCCAGAUCUGCCUGCAUGCCCUGCCCCGCCUGGACCAGCUGCUGGGGCCCAGCUGCAGCCCCUGGGAGAGUCUCUCCCGGCACGUGGGCCUCACGAGGCUGGACCUGAAGGACAUCCCCAACGCCGUCCGGCUGGUGGGUCCCGACCUGGGUGUCCUGGUGGUGGCGGCUGUAUGCCUGGGCCUUUGCAGACGCCUCUCUCGGGCAGCCCGCCUGGGCCCCCGCCCCCGGGAGCCGGAUGACGAGAGGGAGGCGGAUGCCCGCCACACGGCUGGGCCGCACGGAGCACCCACGCCAGCCCCCAAGCGGAAAUCCCGCCUGGCUGCCCGGUUCCGGGUCACAGCCCACUGGCUGCUGGUGGCCGCUGGCCGGGCCCUGGCCAUCUUGCUGCUGGCACUGGCAGGCAUCGUGCAGCCCUCGGCGCUGGCGGGCGUCUACUUCCUGGCCUUCCUGGGCGUGUGCUCCUGGUGGGCCUGCCACCUCCCGCUCGGGGCGCUGGGCUUCAGCGUGCUGGCCGUCACGCUGGGCUGCUUCAGCGCCGGCCACCUCGUCUGCCUCUACCUCUACCAGACGCCCUUCGCGCAGCAGCUGCUGCCCCCCGCGGGCAUCUGGGCCAGAGUGCUCGGGCUGAAGGACGUCGUGGCGCCCCCCAACUGCUCCAGCCCCCACGCCCUGCUCAUCAACACCCACCACGACUGGCCGGUCUACGUGAGCCCGGGGGUCCUGCUGCUGCUGGGCUACACCCUGGCCGCCCUGCCCCGCCUGCGCCCGCCGCCCCGCCAGGGGAAGGACGUGAGGAGUGGGCACCCGCGGGAGGUGGAGCUGACCGAGCUGGACCCGUGGCCCCGGGGCCAGCCCAACGCCGCCCCGGGCAAGGAGCACAGCGCCGAGGCCGCCGAAGCUGACCACUGCACCGUGCACGACCUGACCGGCCACAGCCCCGUGCGGCCCAGCCCCUCGCGCCCCAGGCAGGCCGAGCCUCGAGAAUCCUCCCCCCUGCACGGUCUGGGCCACCUCAUCAUGGACCAGAGCUACGUGAGCGCCCUCAUCGCCAUGAUGGUGUGGAGCAUCACCUACCACAGCUGGCUGACCUUCGUGCUGCUGCUCUGGGCCUGUGUCAUCUGGACGGUGCGCAGCCGCCACCAGCUGGCCAUGCUGUGCUCGCCCUUCAUCCUGCUCUACGGGCUGGCGCUGUGCGGGCUGCGCUACGUGUGGGCGCUGGACCUGCGGCCAGAGCUGCCCACCCAGCUGGGCCCCGUCAGCCUGCGCCAGCUGGGCCUGGAGCACACGCGCUACCCCUGCCUGGACCUGGGCGCCAUGCUCCUGUACCUGCUGACCUUCUGGCUGCUGCUGCGCCAGUUCGUGAAGGAGAAGCUGCUGCGGAGGGCGCGGCCACCCCUGGCGCUCAGCGAGGUGACCGUGGCCGAGCCAGAACCCCCGCACACCCGCACGCUGCUGGGCAGACUGGGCGCCCUGGUCUCAGGCAUCUACGCACGCUACUGGAUCUACGUGUGUGCUGGCAUGUUCGUGGUGGUCAGCUUCGCCGGCCGCCUGGUGGUCUACAAGAUCGUCUACAUGUUCCUCUUUCUGCUCUGCCUCACCCUCUUCCAGGUGGUGUACUACAGCCUGUGGCGCAGGCUGCUGCAGGGCUUCUGGUGGCUGGUGGUGGCCUACACCAUGCUGGUGCUCACGGCCGUCUACACCUUCCAGUUCCAGGACUUCCCCGCCUACUGGCGCAACCUCACCGGCUUCACGGAUGAGCAGCUGGGGGACCUGGGCCUGGAGCAGUUCAGCGUGUCCGAGCUCUUCUCCAGCAUCCUGAUCCCUGGCUUCUUCCUGCUGGCCUGCAUCCUCCAGCUGCACUACUUCCACCGGCCCUUCAUGCAGCUGACCGACCUGCAGCGAGCGCGGCCCCCCUCGCCGCGCGCCCACCUGCCGCGCUGGGCUCACAGGCAGGAUGGGGUGAGCAGGACCCCACUGCUGCAGCAGGAGGAGGAGGAGGAGGGCCUGAGCACGGAGGGGUCCCCGCAGGCCGCUGGGGACGAGGGCCUAAGCACAGAGGGGCCCCCGCAGGCCUCGCAGGUGGCUGAAGCCAACAAGUGGGGCCUGGUGGCCGAGCGCCUGCUGGACCUGGCUGACCGCUUCUCGGCCGUGCGCCGGCGGGUCCAGGGUUUCCUGUGGAGGCUGCUGGAGCUGCACAUCUUCAAGCUGGUGGCCCUGUACACCGUGUGGGUGGCCCUGAAGGAGGUGUCGGUGAUGAACCUGCUGCUGGUGCUGCUCUGGGCCUUCGCGCUGCCCUACCCCCGCUUCCGGCCCAUGGCGUCCUGCCUGGCCACCGUCUGGACCUGCAUCGUCAUCGUCUGCAAGAUGCUGUACCAGCUCCGGGUGGUCAGCCCCCACGAGUACUCCAGCAACUGCACCCAGCCCUUCCCCAACAGCACCAACCUGCAGGAGGCAGAGAUCGGCCGGUCCCUGCUGUACCGGGCGCCCGUGGACCCCGCCAACUGGUUCGGGGUGCGGAAGGGCUUCCCGAACUUGGGCUACAUCCAGAACCACCUCCAGAUCCUGAUGCUGCUGGUGUUCGAGGCCAUCGUGUACCGGCGCCAGGAGCACCACCGCAGGCAGCACCAGCUGAGCCCGCUGCCCGCGCAGGCCGUGUGCGCGGACGGCACCCGCCAGCACCUGGACCGCGACCUGCUCAGCUGCCUCAAGUACUUCGUCAACUUCUUCUUCUACAAGUUCGGCCUGGAGAUCUGCUUCCUGAUGGCGGUGAACGUGAUCGGGCAGCGCAUGAACUUCAUGGUCAUCCUGCACGGCUGCUGGCUGGUGGCCAUUCUCACCCGCCGGCGCCGCAGGGCCAUCGCCCGCCUGUGGCCCAACUACUGCCUCUUCCUGACGCUCUUCCUGCUGUACCAGUACCUGCUGUGCCUGGGCAUCCCCCCCGCCCUGUGCAUCGACUACCCCUGGCGCUGGAGCCGGGCCAUCCCCAUGAACUCCGCCCUCAUCAAGUGGCUGUACCUGCCCGACUUCUUCCGGGCCCCCAACUCCACCAACCUCAUCAGUGACUUCCUCCUGCUGCUCUGCGCGUGCCAGCAGCGACAGGUGUUCCUGUGCGAACGCACCGAGGAGUGGCAGCGAGUGGCCGGCCCCAACACGGACCACCUGGAGCGGCCGCAGGGGGAGCCCAACCCCGUCCCCAACUUCAUCCACUGCAGGUCCUACCUGGACAUGCUGAAGGUGGCCGUGUUCCGCUACCUCUUCUGGCUGGUGCUGGUGGUGGUGUUCGUCACGGGCGCCACCCGCAUCAGCGUCUUCGGGCUGGGCUACCUGCUGGCCUGCUUCUACCUGCUGCUCUUCGGCACGUCCCUGCUGCAGAAGGACACACGGGCGCGCCUGGUGCUGUGGGACUGCCUCAUCCUGUACAACGUCACCGUCAUCAUCUCCAAGAACAUGCUGUCGCUCCUGGCCUGCGUGUUCGUGGAGCAGAUGCAGAGCAGCUUCUGCUGGGUCAUCCAGCUCUUCAGCCUGGUGUGCACGGUCAAGGGCUACUAUGACCCCCAGGCCAUGCGGGCCCGUGACCAGGACUGUGUGCUGCCCGUGGAGGAGGCGGGCGUGCUGUGGGACAGCGUGUGCUUCCUGUCUCUGCUGCUGCAGCGCCGCGUCUUCCUCAGCCGCUACUUCCUGCACGUCAGGGCCGAGCUCCAGGCCAGCGCCCGCCUGGCCUCCAGGGGCUUCGCCCUCUACAAAGCUGCCAACCUCAAGAGCAUCUACCUGAACCGCGAGGCCGAGGAGAAGUCCCUGGCCCAGCUGAAGAGACAGAUGGAGCGGAUCCGAGCCAAGCAGGAGAAGCACAGGCAGGGCCCGCGCCAGGCGCCUGGCCCGGAAGGUCCAGGGGGCUCCUCCCCGCCACAGAGGCAGUGGUGGCGGCCCUGGCUGGACCAUGCCACAGCCAUCCACUCUGGAGACUACUUCCUGUUCGAGUCUGACAGCGAGGAGGAGGAGGAGGCCUCGCCGGAGGACACCAGGCCGGCCACCCAGAGUGCUUUCCAGAUGGCGUACCAGGCGUGGAUGACCAACGCCCAGACGGUGCUACGGCAGCGGCGGCGGCAGGAGCAGGCGGAGCAGCUGCCCACAGGCCACCCUGGCCAGGAGCUGGAGCCCGAGGACGAGGAGGAGCCGGUGGCAGGACGCAGCCAUGUAGUGCAGCGGGUUCUGAGCACCGUGCAGUUCCUUUGGGUGCUGGGCCAGGCGCUGCUGGAUGGGCUCACGCGCUGGCUGCUGGCCUUCACCCGCCACCACCGCGCCAUGAGCGACGUGCUGCGGGCGGAGCGCUACAUGCUGGCCCAGCGACUGCAGCAGAGCGAGGACGUGCACUGGGACGUGCUGGACGUGCUGGACGGGCUGUACGAAAACACGGCUGACACUCUGCCGCCCGGACCCUCCGAGAUCCCCGAGGCGCCCAGCACCACGUCCAGUGGGCUGGGGGCCGAGGAGCCGCUGAGCAGCCUGACCGACGUCACAGGCAGCCCCCUGAGCUCUGGCUCCAACACCCGCAGCAGCAUCGGAGAGGGGGUGCCCAGCUCCCGGACCCGCACACGCACGGCCAGCGAGCUGCUCCUGGACAGGCGCCUACACUUCCCGGAGCUGGACGAGGCCGAGCGGUUCUCGGAAGGGCAGGGCCGGGGGCUGCGGCUGCUGAAUGCCCUGUACCAGUGUGUGGCCGCCCACUCGGAGCUGCUCUGCUACUUCAUCAUCAUCCUCAACCACAUGGUCACUGCCUCGGCCGUGUCCCUGUUCCUGCCUGUGCUCAUCUUCCUGUGGGCCAUGCUGUCCAUCCCACGGCCCAGCAAGCGCUUCUGGAUGACGGCCAUUGUCUUCACCGAGGUCACUGUGGUCACCAAGUACCUGUUCCAGUUCGGCUUCUUCCCCUGGAACAGCCACACUGUGCUGCGGCGGUACGAGAACAAGCCGUAUUUCCCGCCUCGCAUCCUGGGGCUGGAGAAGUCUGACAGCUACAUCAAGUACGACCUGGUGCAGCUCAUGGCCCUGUUCUUCCACCGCUCCCAGCUGCUGUGCUACGGGCUCUGGGACUAUGAGGACCCGCUGACCAAGGAAGGAGACGGGGGCAGUGGACGGAAGGAGGCUCAGCCUGAACUGGGGGCUCUGCUGGGGCCCCAGCAGGAGCCAGAAGAAGCUGGGGGCCGCACCGAGGGCAGCACCGAGGAAGAGGCCUGGGACCAGCCUGCGGGCGAGCCCCCGGGCGAGCAAGAGGGCCAGGACACGAAGCACCUGCGUCUCAGGAAGCAGACGGGGGGCCUGAAGCCCCUGGUGCCUGCUGUCACUGGUACGGAGGGCGAGGAGGAGGAGGAGGAAGCUGAGGUUGCGGGGACAGGGAAGCGAUGGCGCCCCCAGGACCGAGUGCGGGCAGCCGGGGUCUGGCUGAAGCACUGCUGCCUGUCCCUGGCUCAGGGCAUCUACCUGCCUUUGCGGCAGUUCUACAACGACAUCCUCAACACCAAGUACCGCGCCGCCACGGACGUGUACGCGCUCAUGUUCCUGGCCGACGUGGUGGACUUCAUCAUCAUCAUCUUCGGCUUCUGGGCCUUUGGGAAACACUCGGCGGCCACAGACAUCACCUCGUCGCUGUCCGACGACCAGGUGCCCGAGGCCUUCCUGGUCAUGCUGCUCAUCCAAUUCGGGACGAUGGUGGUGGACCGGGCCCUGUACCUGCGCAAGACCGUGCUGGGCAAGCUGGCCUUCCAGGUGGUGCUGGUGCUGGCCAUCCACCUGUGGAUGUUCUUCAUUCUGCCCGCCGUCACCGAGAGGAUGUUCAGUCAGAACGCGGUGGCCCAGCUCUGGUACUUUGUCAAGUGCAUCUACUUCGCCCUGUCGGCCUACCAGAUCCGCUGCGGGUACCCCACGCGCAUCCUCGGCAACUUCCUCACCAAGAAGUACAAUCACCUGAACCUCUUCCUCUUCCAGGGGUUCCGGCUGGUGCCCUUCCUGGUGGAGCUGCGCGCGGUCAUGGACUGGGUGUGGACAGACACCACCCUGUCCCUGCCCAACUGGAUGUGUGUGGAGGACAUCUACGCCAACAUCUUCAUCAUCAAGUGCAGCCGGGAGACAGAGAAGAAAUACCCGCAGCCCAAAGGGCAGAAGAAGAAGAUGAUCGUCAAGUACGGCAUGGGCGGGCUCAUCAUCGUCUUCCUGGUGGGCAUCAUCUGGUUCCCCCUGCUCUUCAUGUCCCUGGUGCGCUCCGUCGUGGGCGUGGUCAACCAGCCCAUCGACGUCACUGUCACCCUCAAGCUGGGGGGCUACGAGCCGCUGUUCACCAUGAGUGCCCAGCAGCCGUCCAUCACACCUUUCACCCAGCGCGACUACGACGAGCUGUCUCGCCAGUUCGACCCUCACCCGCUGGCCAUGCAGUUCAUCAGCCAGUACAGCCCGGAGGACAUCGUGACUGCGUACAUCGAGGGCAGCUCCGGGGCGCUGUGGCGCAUCAGCCCCCCCAGCCGGGCCCAGAUGAAGCGUGAGCUGGACAACGGGACAGCCGACAUCACCCUGCGCUUCACCUGGAACUUCCAGAGGGACCUGGCCAAGGGGGGCACGGUGGAGUACACCAACGAGAAGCACACCCUGGACCUGGCGCCCAACAGCACCGAGCGGCGGCAGCUGGCCAGUCUGCUCGAGGGCACCUCAGACCAGUCCGUGGUCAUCCCCAACCUCUUCCCCAAGUACAUCCGCGCCCCCAACGGGCCCGAAGCCAACCCCGUGAAGCAGCUGCAGCCCAACGAAGAGGCCGACUACCUGGGCGUGCGCAUCCAGCUGCGCAGGGAGCGCGUGGGCACGGGGGCGGCUGGCUUCCUGGAGUGGUGGCUCAUCGAGCUGCAGGACUGCCAGGCCCACUGCAACCUGCUGCCCAUGGUCAUCUUCAGCGACAAGGUCAGCCCGCCCAGCCUCGGCUUCCUGGCGGGCUACGGCAUCAUGGGGCUGUACGUGUCCAUCGUGCUGGUGAUCGGCAAGUUCGUGCGUGGCUUCUUCAGCGAGAUCUCGCACUCCAUCAUGUUCGAGGAGCUGCCGUGCGUGGACCGCAUCCUCAAGCUCUGCCAGGACAUCUUCCUGGUGCGGGAGACGCGCGAGCUGCAGCUGGAGGAGGAGCUGUACGCCAAGCUCAUCUUCCUGUACCGCUCGCCCGAGACCAUGAUCAAAUGGACGCGCGAGAAGGACUAGGGUGCCCGGGCAGGAGGCAGGGCGGCCGGCCUGGCCACACGGGCACUGUCCCACACGUACUGUAAUGUUUUCUAAUUAAAGACUUUAUUUAUA